AUGCCCAGGGAACGAAUUCCUCUGUCCUACACCAACGCUUUCAAGCUGCAACUCGUGCUCGACUACAUCGCCGCCGCCAAGGACGGCAUGACCAGAAAAGCGUUUUGCACGCUACGCGAUGUCAAACGCUCAACGCUGCAAACAUGGCAGCGGAAGCUCAAUAAGCUGAUCGCUGUGUCGGAGCGCCGAGGAACAGCCCACCCGUCUCGCGCAAACAGGCUGACACUUGGAGGCAGCGGCCGAGUCUCACCGUCCGCGCCUGUCAAAGACGCCGUUGUGACCUUCAUCAAGGCCGCGAGGCGGGAGGAACAAGUGGUGACGCGCGACAGGAUAAUCGCAAAGGCAGCGGAGCUGGCGCCGGCGUUCAUGGAGGGCAAAAGCGUCGACGCCCCCGGGAAAAAGGGACUGGGAUUUUGCCAUCGCUGCCGGAUACAGCCGACGGCUGGGAACAAGAGAAAGUAA